UUUUCUAUUUCACCAAGCUCUCUUGACACACAAACGGUAUCUAACGCUAAGCACAAACGGCGUCAAAUCACAGAGGGGAGGGAAAUCAAAUUUCGUUCAAACAAUUCCCAAAUUCCUCAACUUUACCGCAUUUUUUCCCACUCCACUCCACUCCACUCAACACAACCCAACUCUCUCUCUCUCUCUCUGUGCGGGUUUGCCCUAAGCCCAAAUUUCUAACAUUUGGGGCAAACAAAUCGAUUCGAAACCCUAGAUUUUCAUCGCUCUUUCUCGACGCACAGGCAAAGAUAAUCUGGUGGUUUUGAAUCGCUUGCAUUGAUUUGAAUUGAUCGUAGAAGGCGGUGAGUUGAGUGGUUGAGUAGUGGUGGCGGUGGUGGUGUUCUGAACAGUAUAGAUAGAAUGGCAAAGGUCGCUGCACAAGCACCUAGUUCUUUGCAAAUCGGCGGAGGAGGAGCUAUGAAGGCUAGCACGGGACUCAGAAGGAAAACACCAUCAGAACUCAGAGGGGAGCAGUUGAAGCAGACAAAUGUUAUAGACCUUGUAGAUGAAUCUCCAGGCCCUUUGGUUGGUACAGCAAAUGACACUAAUGAGGUGGAUAAUGGGCUCAAGAAACCUGAAAUCUCAAAGAAUCCAAGAUACAUUGACACCCGAAUGGAUGAAGUAUUUCCUGUUAAAAAGUCCAGGGUUAGAAUGCUUUCUGGAAAAGAAAAUGCUAAGGAAAAUAACUCAAUUGAGCAAACUGGCAGCCUUAAGAAUAUAUCUCUAAUUUCAUCCUUGGCUGCCAAGAGACGUCACCAACUUUUAAGUAGAGAAGGUUCUGUUGCUUCUGAAGAUGCCAAAGAUGGUGCAGCGCAAGUCUUUCAAUCAAUUGGAAAGUGUAGUCAAAGUACAUUUCGUAGUGUUAACGAGAUUUCAUCAGUCAGUGAUAAAUCAUCUGGCUUGGCAACGAUUGAUAUGGAUAAAGCGUUAAAAGGUCUGGCUGCCCUUGAUCCCCCUGCCAUUUCUGGUUCACAUUUUGAUUCUUCUGAAAGACCCGGGGAUCCUACAUCAACUUAUUCUGGCAAUUUUUGCUCAGAGUGCCACUUACCUGGCCGAAAGGCUCCUCUAGAUUUUACUCUGAAAACUUGUGUGCGAAUGGUGUCCUCUUCCCCGGUGAAUCGGAUUCAUAGGUCAAUCAUAUCUGGUACCAUGCCCCAGUUCACAUUCCAAUUUGGUCAUUCUGAGGAUCAAAACAACAGUCAUAGCUCCGUUCUCACAUCAACUUCACAUGUUUUAAGUUCUAAAGUUAUGCAUUCAUGGGUUUACCCUCAAUCUACCUUACCAUCUUCUCUCAUAUCAGUGUUGAUUUCAUCAGCAGCAGAGGGAGUGGAAAUGGAUUUCUUAAGAAAACGACAGCUUGCAUGGGAGGACUCUUUUCGGAGUCUCUACUACAUGCUUCGGAAUAAUGUUUGUAAUCUAUUUUAUGUGUGUACUUCACAUUUUGUGGUGAUGUUCAACGGUGGUGAUAGCUUGGGGAGGAACAAGCGCUCGUGCAAUGCUUAUAUCUCGCGGUCAACCAGAGGUUUGAGGUCAAUGUUAAGAGAGCAUGAUGUUUGUUUCUCUAUGCCUCUUUGCCACUCCAAAGUAGAGCAAGUAACUACUGAAGAUCUGGUUGAGCUCUCAGAGAUCGAGAAGCAUAAUUUGGGCCAGACUCGGCGCCUGAGUUCCUUGUCUGACAUCGAUAAUAGCUCACAGUCGUUGCUGGUUUUCAGUGGCAAUAAGAAUGUACAUGGUUUGUAUGAUUUUUUGUUAAAUUAUAGAUCUUUCUUGACCUCCUUGACUGCUAUGGAUGUUCCUUUAUUAUGUUCACCUGUGCCAUUUCAGAAUGCCGCUCUUUCUGCUCCAGAGGUUAGAUGCAUGGAGUUGAAAAGGGCAGACCAUAUUGCUGCACCUCCCAAAGGUUCCACUAAAGAUGGUGAGUGCAUACAAGGUUCAUCUGCUGGUCUCUGCUAUACCAUUGAAAUUAAGGAUGCAUAUCUUCCACCAUGGAUUAUAUGCAGUGUAUGCGCAGUUAUGGGUUCUGAAGGCAGAAGCUUUGAGGCAAGUUUUAUAACAGAGCCUACCUCGGUUGGCUUGAAUGUAGCCCUUGGAGCAACUUGUGAGAAAUCUGAUUCUCAAGCUGCAGCAGGCGAAGGCUUGCAAGAAAGUAGCUUUGCUUUUGGUAUUCCAGAAGCCAUUGUUACUCCUUCCUUGUGCUCAGGAUAUUUAAAAGGGUUGAAAUAUGACAAUGGUUCUUAUACAGCUUCUCUUUCUCCUAUAUGACAUUCUGCUUUCAUGAUCCAAAGAUACAGCAAUCAUGUUUUCACAAAUUGUUGCUGAUUGAUUUGAUCCUCAAACCCAGAUUGAUCCGUUUUUUUUGCAUUUUGAUUUUGUAUAAUCUUAUGAGUAAUAUUUCUUGGCUAAUGCUUCUAUAAAAGUCUUUUAUCAUCUCA